AUGAAACAUGUGAACAUCGAUCCCGAAAAGAUAAUGAGUGAACUCGAACAAUAUGAUAUUCAGGAUGCGCGUGGUGCUUCCGUUGAUCCCGAGCUCUACGAUAAUAUGUUGCAGGAGUUUUCGAGGUUUGUGAGGAAUGAUAAUGAUGAAGAACGAGAAGGAGAAGGUGUCCACGACUAUUUUCUGGCACAUAAAGUUCCAUUCCAAUUGUCGAAGCAAGCGCAAAAAACAAAGGUAGCAAUUAAUCUCAAUUCGGCUCACCUACUAGAGAAGGAAGCGAACUUUUCAACUUUAGGCGAUCAUCCCAAGAGAUGUUAUGCAAAGAGGACAGGAAAAAAGAAGCCGUCACAGUGCUUUAUCCUUACAUCUUUGAACCAAAACGUAGUAUAAAA